AAAGGCAGUUCGGUUUUCUUUGUGCGAUCUCACUUCAUACGAUAUAAACCGUCUCUUUACCACACGACUAGUCUUAUAUUGAUACGUUAUAUCAACUUGUAUGAUCUAUAGAGGUCAGAUGUAAACAUCAACAAUUAAUGAUGGUGACAUCGUAAUGGAGACUAAUGAUGUUAUAACUUUUCAUCAGUGUACAAUAUGUGAUGAAAUUUUUCAAAGUUUUUGUAGUUUAGAAAACCACUACAAAGUGCAUGUUAAAGAAGAGAAAUCUGAUGAUCUAGAUGAAUAUGGUCAUGUUAAAGAAGACACAACUGAUGCCGUAGAUGAAUAUUGUCAUGUUAAAGAAGAGAAAACUGUGGACGUAGAUGAAUAUCGUCAUGUUAAAGAAGACACAACUGAUGACGUAGAUGAAUAUUGUCAUGUUAAAGAAGAGAAAACUGUGGACGUAGAUGAAUAUCGUCAUGUUAAAGAUGAGAAAACUGAUGAUGUAGAUGAAUAUUGUCAUGUUAAAGAAGAGAAAACUGAUGAUGUAGAUGAAUAUAGUCAUGUUAAAGAAGACACAACUGAUGACGUAGAUGAAUAUUGUCAUGUUAAAGAAGAGAUAACAUUUGAUGUAGAUGAAUAUUGUCAUGUUAAAGAAGAGAAAACUGAUGAUGUAGAUGGAUAUUGUCAUGUUAAAGAAGAGGAAACUGAUGAUGUAGAUGAAUAUUGUCAUGUUAAAGAAGAAAGAGCUGAUGAUGUAGAUGAAUAUAGUCAUGUUAAAGAAGACACAACUGAUGACAUAGAUGAAUAUUGUCAUGUUAAAGAAGAGAUAACAGAUGAUGUAGAUGAAUAUUGUCAUGUUAAAGAAGAGAAAACUGAUGACGUAGAUGAAUAUUGUCAUGUUCAAGAAGAGAAAGCUGAUGAUAUUGAAACUGUUUAUCAGUGUAAUUUGUGUGAUGAGGAAUUUAAAUUAGAAACUGAUUUAGAAAAACACUGUGAAAAACAUGUUAAAGAAGAGGAAUCUGUUUUACAACAUGGUGAACAUUGUGAGGAAAGUUUUAACCAGGAUAAUGAAAAAGAAAUACACAAUUCACAAGAGUUUAAGAAGUGUGAUGUUUGUAGCAAAUCAUUUACUAACAAAUAUUACCUUCAAAUUCAUUUGAGAAUUCAUACAGGUGCAAAACCUUAUAAAUGUGAUGUUUGUGGUAAAUCAUUUUCACAGAGUAGUAGUCUACAGAGACAUAUAAAAAUUCAUACUGGUGAAAAACCCUUUACAUGCAAUGUUUGUCAUAAAUCAUUUACCAACAGUAGUACUCUACAGAGACAUAUCAGAAUUCAUACUGGUGAAAAACCUUAUAAAUGCGAUGUUUGUAGUAAAUCAUUCACAUACAGUAGUAAACUACAAAGACAUAUAAAAAUUCAUACUAGAGAAAAACCCUUUAUGUGUGAUGUUUGUCGUAAAUCAUUUACUACCCGUAGCGAUCUACACAGACAUAUCAGAAUUCACACUGGACAAAGGCCAUUUACAUGUGAUGUUUGUAGUAAAUCAUUUAAUAGCAGUAGUGAUCUACAGCGACAUAUCAGAAUUCACACUGGACAAAGGCCAUUUACAUGUGAUGUUUGUAGUAAAUCAUUUACUAACAGUUGCAAUCUUAAGAAACAUAUCAGAAUUCAUACUGGUGAAAAACCUUUAAAAUCUGAUGUUUGUCGUAAAUCUUUCACUGAUAGUACACAUGUCAGUGCACCCAAGUGAAAAAUUUACGGUGUAGUUAGAACGGUUGUCUUUAGUCACACCAGAAAUCACACUGUAAAUAGUAGAAUAAAACUUUUAUAAAUUCUCAAGUUUUAUGAUUGUAUGUAUGUAGUUUGAAUUUGGCUGUCUGUAUAGUAGUCAAUGUGGUACAAUAUUAUGUGAUACAUGAUGUAGCUAUCUCUGUUUUGUAAUUCAGGCAAUGUAAUGUUGUAAUCAUCAAUUAGAUACAUUGAGCAUGCUUGGUUUUUAUACGCCCACAUUUUUAUGUUUUCAUCGCCCCUGUCCGGCCGUCUAUCCACAAUUGUUUGUUAACACUCUACAGGUCACAAUUUUUAUCCGAUGAAACUUGAAAUAUAAGUUUGUCACCCCAAGAUCUCGGUUACUUUUGAUAUUGGCAUGUAUCAGACUGUUAACUUCAUGGAUUA